CGUCAACGUCGCCGAAGCCGGACCGGAACGGACGCGACGCGCGACGGCCGCGACGGCAGCGAUAUAAAGCGCUCCGGACAACCUCUGCCAUCGUUCUCCACUCGAGCAAACAUGCGUUUUCUGUUCAUCGUCGCCGUCUGCUCGAUUGCAUUCAUUUCGGCUGAGCCGAUUCGCAAGCGUCGUUGUUGCAUGCCAAUGUGUUCCUGCAUACAACAAGGUUGUUCGUGUUUGCCAGCGCUACAGUUCUCAUCAUGUCAAUGUGCCGUUCAACAAUGCGCUCCGAUGUGUCAAUCCGCUUGUAUGAGCACUUGCCCUAUGCCAAUCUGGCAAUGCCAACAAAUGUGUGGAAAUACUUGCAUAGCAUCGUGUAGUCCACAGGCUUCUUCAUGUGUACAACAAUGCGAGAUCGCUUGUCAAGGACAACCGAAUGAAGCUGCUUGCCUGCAAUCUUGCCAGGCUGGAUGCGCUGAACCUUCGCUACCAACGACAAUCUACAGCCCACCAAGCAUCCCAGCUACCGUACCAACCACUAUGCCACCCACACUGCCACCGGUUACGCUGCCACCCACUACCCUACCUCCCAUCACCAUGCCACCUACCACUGUUCCCACCCUUCCACCCACCACUAUUCCCACCUUUCCACCCACCACCAUUCCAACCCUCCCGCCCACC